AUGGUUGCCCCCCUGGACCCCUACCUGGAUGAACUCCCUCCGCCCAAAUCUCCCCUGAUCAGCCUAGUUGGAUCUUAUGAUGUGUACCUACCUAAUCCAUCCAACCCAGAGAUGGCAUUCAGUUCACAUCUUGAAGUCCGAGAGUCAUCUGGUGACUUCUCAUCUGUGGAUCUUAGCUUCCUACCAGAUGAGUUGAGCCAAGAAAACGAAGGCGAGACUGUCAUUGGAAGCGUGGAUAAAAUUGACAAAACCUGUAAAACGCCAAGUCCUCAAAGUAGAUUGCCCUUACCUACGCAACAGGAUGUGGGCCUGGCCUUAAAUGGCAGCGGCAUGUCAAGUUCCCAGGAACAAUUGCACCCUGAUAAUGCUGACUCAGUCCAGGCCUCUCCAGAGGAACCAACCUCUGACCCCCUGGCAUCUAUAACACCCAUGAAACCAAUGACCCCUGUUUCAGAAUGUUCUGGAAUUGUGCCUCAACUGCAGAAUAUUGUUUCUACUGUCAACCUAGCCUGUAAAUUGGACCUGAAGAAAAUAGCUUUGCAAGCAAAAAAUGCAGAAUAUAACCCAAAGAGGUUUGCUGCUGUUAUAAUGCGGAUCCGGGAACCCAGAACAACAGCCCUCAUAUUUAGCUCUGGGAAAAUGGUCUGCACAGGAGCCAAAAGCGAGGAGCAGUCUCGCCUGGCCGCUAGGAAGUAUGCUCGAGUGGUGCAGAAGCUUGGCUUCCCCGCCAGAUUCCUCGACUUCAAGAUUCAGAACAUGGUCGGGAGCUGUGAUGUGAGAUUUCCCAUCAGGCUCGAAGGUUUGGUGCUCACCCACCAUCAGUUCAGUAGUUAUGAACCCGAACUAUUUCCUGGCCUUAUUUAUAGAAUGGUAAAGCCACGGAUUGUGUUGCUUAUCUUUGUAUCUGGAAAAGUUGUGUUAACAGGUGCCAAAGAACGCUCCGAGAUCUAUGAAGCAUUUGAAAACAUCUAUCCUAUCCUUAAGGGCUUUAAAAAAGCCAGAGUUUCUCAUUCAGCAUCUCACAGUAUACCGAUUUGAAUAUGUACUUAAGCACAGCAAAGCAACUGCUGGAUUCUCCUACAUUUAAUUAUGGAUCAUCUAUGUAUAUUUUGCCUUAUUCGAUAAAUAGCCAUGCUUAAGAAAUAAAAAAAAUUAUUCAAAAUGA